GGAAGGUACCGACAAGAUGGCGGCGGGGCUGGCGGACCGCAGCUAUAUGGAGCUGGGCCCGACGCCUCGCGCCCCGUCCCGGCGGCUCCGUGAGGUAUCCUUCAGCCUGCCAGACACCACCCCCGUCCUCGCCGGGCGUUACGGGGAUAGUGCUGGGGGGUUCUGUUACCGAGAGUGCGCGCAGCUGGGGGCGGCCACGCGGAACCGCUGCGUGAGGUGGACAGCAUCAGGGGACACCCUUGAGCUAGUGGAGGAAUCACUGGACACAGAGCUGCUGAACAAUGCUGUGCGUUUAUGCAUCCAGGGCUGCCCACUCCUGCCGGGUGGUGUGCACCUGUGUGAGGUGCAGAAUCAUCUGGUGUUGCUGCUGGUCACCGUGCAGAGCGUGCACCGUGUCCUGCUACCCCACCCAGCCUAUACCUACCGCGGGGAUCUGAUAACAGAGAGCCAAAUGCAGUCCGUAUUUACAGAUAUUGGCAAAAUCAACUUCAGAGAUCCAUCCAGCUACUACCUGAUUCCCAGCGUGCCAGGCUUGGCAGACAAUUCAGUGGCCUCAGCAGCUUGGCUGAGCAGUGAUGGGGAAGCCCUUUUUGCUCUGCCCUCUGCAGCAGGAGGCAUCUUUGUUAUUAAGCUUCCUCCUCACGAUGUACCUGGAGUUGUUUCAGUUGUGGAAUUGAAACAGAGCUCGGUGGUGCAGCGCUUCCUCACCGGUUGGAUGCCAACGGCCAUCAGAGGUGACAGUGGCCCAUCAGAUGUGCCCAUCAGCCUUGCAGUUCAUUGCCUGGACCACGAUGCCUUUCUCUUUGCACUCUGCCAGGACCAUAAGCUUAGGAUGUGGUCCUACAAGGAUCAAAUGUGCCUGAUGGUUGCAGACCUCCUGGAGUUCAUGCCGGUCAGCAGGGACCUGCGGCUCACAGCCGGCACCGGCCACCGCUUGCGCCUGGCCUUCUCCCAGUCCCUGGGACUGUACCUCGGCGUGUACAUGCAUGCACCCAAGCGAGGGCAGUUCUGUGUCUUCCAGCUGGUGAGCACGGAGAGCAGCCGAUACAGCCUUGACCACAUAUCCUCGCUGUUCUCCUCCCAGGAGACUCUCAUUGACUUUGCCUUAACCUCGGCUGAGAUCUGGGCGCUGUGGCAUAACGAAGAGAACCAAACCAUCGUCAAGUACAUCAACUUUGAGCAAAAUGUGGCAGGACAGUGGAACCAGGUGUUCAUGCAGCCACUGCCUGAAGAGGAGGUGACAAUUCGGCAUGACCAGGACCCCAGGGAAACCUACUUGGAGUACCUCUUCAAGCCUGGCCACUUCUCAAAUGCAGCCAUCCAGAAGGCUUUGCAGAUCUUUUCUCAAGGAACUGAACGGUACAUGGACCUGACGUGGGAUGAGUUAAAAAAAGAGGUUACCUUAGCUGUGGAAAAUGAGUUCCAGGGCAGUGUGACAGAACGCGAGUGCUCUCCGGAGGAGUUCUGUCAGCUGCAGGUGGAUUUCUGGUCCAAGUUCUGCACCUGCUGCCUUCAGUACCAGGAAGCUCUCUUGCAGCCCCUGGCCCUGCUCUUGAACCCCUACACCAACAUGGUGUGCCUGCUGAAGAAGGGGUCCGUGUCCUUCCUUGUGCCCUGUUCCUUGGUGGAUCAUCUCUAUCUCCUCUCUAAUGAGCAUCUGCUGACUGAGGACGAUGCUGUCAUCUUUGAUGAUGUGGAGAUGUCGCGUGAUGUUGUCUGUCUUGUCCAGUGCCUUCGACUGAUUGGAAAAUCAAUUUCCGCGGAAAUAGCAUUCACUAUGGAAAUGGCUUGCUCCUGCCUCCAGCCUCCAGAAAAGGCUGCAGAGCAGAUCCUGGAGGACUUGAUAGCUAAAGACACGGAAAAUGUGAUGGAGAAGAUACACAGCAAACUGCAGGAGAUCAGAAACCCUAUCCUUGCCAUCGGAGUGCUCAUCCGAGAGAUGGACUACGAGACCGACGCUGACAUGGAAAGAGCUCACCCUCUAAAUAUGCGUAUGAACCUCACCCAGCUCUACGGCAGCAGUACAGCCAUCAGCGUGGUGUGCUGGGGGGUGUGUAAGGUUGCCACGAUCCGUUUCCAGAUCUGUCGGGACCUGCUGAUCCUCCAACAGCUACUGCUGCGGCGGAGCAAUCCUGUGGUUCUGGGGGGGGGACAGCUGUUCCAAUCUCAGGACCUGCUGCACCGCACCUCCCCUCUGCUGCUCUCCUACUAUGUGAUCAGGUGGGCCAGCCAGCGCCUGGCAUCGGACAUCCCCUUGGACACGUUGGAAUCAAAUCUGCAGCAUCUCUCUGUGUUGGAGUUAGCAGACUCUACUGUUCAAACACCCCAUAAGCUAGUAUCCAGCCCUCAGACAAUCGUGGAGCUCUUCUUUCAGGAAGUGGCCAGAAAGCACAUCGUCUCCCGACUCUUCCUGCAACCGAACGCCUCUUUGGCUGAAACGAGUUUGAAUUGGCCCCAUCUCAUCACCACAGUAAUGGCUGACUUUCUGCCCCUCCUAUGGCCCAGCAAUCCUGGGUUCCUCUUCCCAGAGUGCCUGAUGGGGAGCUGCCAGUACACCCAGCUGCAGGAAUACAUUCGCCUGCUGCAGCCGUGGUGCCAUGUGAACGUGGGCUCCUGCUGCUUCAUGAUGGGCAGGUGCUACCUCGUCAUGGGUGAGGGCCACAAAGCUUUGGACUACUUCUGCCAAGCUGCUUCUGAGGUGGGAAAAGAGGAGUUCUUGGACAGGCUGAUCCAGCCUGAGGAGGGUGAGAUGGUCUCCACCCCACGUCUGCAGUACUACAACAAGGUUCUGCGCUUGUUGGAAAUGGUUGGCUUACCAGAGCUGGUCAUCGAGCUGGCUUCUCUGGCCAUCAUGGAAUCGGUGGAUGACUGCAGAGCCCAGGCUACCUUGAGGACUUGCCUCUUCAAACACCACUUGGAUUUAGGGCACAACAGAGAUGCAUACAUCGCCUUAAUCCAAAACCCAGAUCGAAGCAGGCAGCUGGAUUGUCUGCGCCAGCUAGUGGUUGUGCUCUGCGAGCGCUCCCAGCUCCAGGACCUGGUAGAGUUCCCUUACAUCAAUCUCCAUGAUGAGGUUGUGGGGAUCAUAGAGUCCCACGCUCGAGCAGCGGACUUGAUGACCCACAAUUACUACGAGCUGCUCUACGCUUUCCACAUCUACCGCCACAACUACCGCAAGGCUGGCACGGUGAUGUUUGAGUACGGCAUGCGCCUGGGCCGCGAGGUGCGGACGCUCAAAGGGCUGCAGAAGCAGAGCAACUGUUUCCUCACAGCCCUUAACUGCUUACGGCUCAUCCGCCCUGAGUACGCCUGGAUAGCGCAGCCAGUGUCUGGAGCUAUGUACGAGCGGCCUGGAGCAUCCCCAAAGAGAAGCCACGAUGGGGAGUGUGCUGCAGUCCCCACAACACGCCAAAUCGAAAUCCUGAAACUGGAGGAUUUGGAAAGGGAGUACGUGCUGUCCCGGACCCGUCUGACUCUGGUGCAGCACAACCUGUCUACAGCUGCACUGGCAGGCAAUUCCACGCCUGAGGAGGCACUUGCCCUCCUCAUCCAGGCUGGCCUCUUUGACACCUCCAUCACCCUGUGCCAAACGUUCAAGCUGCCACUGACGCCCAUCUUUGAGGGGCUCACGUUCAAGUGCAUCAAGCUCCAGCUGGGAGGGGAAGCAGCACAGGCAGAGGGUUGGAAGUGGCUGGCAUCAAACCAGCUCCCACCACUGUUUACCACCAAGGAGUCCAGUGCUACAGAUGAAGCCUGGCGGCUGCUCUCAUCUUACUUGGAGCGCUACCCGUCCCAGAACAGCCUGUACCAUCGCUGUGUCAUCAACAAGCUCUUGGCACAUGGCAUCCCUCUGCCCACCUGGCUCGUUAACAGCUACAAGAAAGUGGAUGCUGCUGCGCUGCUGCGUCUCUACCUGAACUACAACCUGCUGGAAGAGGCAGGGGAUUUGGUCCUGGAGUAUGUGGAUGCUGUGCUGGGCAAAGGGCACGAAUAUUUUGGAAUCGAGUUCCCGUUGUCGGCCACGGCCCCCAUGGUGUGGCUGCCCUAUACUGCCAUCGACCAGCUGCUGCAGGCACUGCGGGAGAGCUCUGCCAACCCAAACAACGCCCUGCUCUUCCAGAAGCUGUGUGACAAGAUGGAGGAUUACCACCAGAAGGUCAGCAUGGCCACACAGGAUCGUCUGUACCGGUGCAAAUAGCAUGGUCUCAGUGCCCAGGGACAGCUCCCUGCGGAAUGAUGGCAGCUGGGUGCUCUUUUCACUCCUUUUUCCCAUUCUGCGGCUACUUUGGGGUGCCACAGCAUCCAUUUGGUGUGGUAUCACCGCAGCCGUGCCCCUCCCUUGUUCUCCGCACCAUCCGUUGAAGUUCUCCGUGUUUCUUUUAUUUAUUGUUGUCGUUUUGGCUGAACUUUAAUAAAAGCCAGUUGUUAAGA